GCCCGCCGCCCCGAGGCCGGAGCGCGGCAGGCGGCCGCGGGCGCCGAGGCCCUGCGCCCGCGCGCCCUCCACGCGCCCGGGCCGCGGCCGUACUCGGCGCAGGCCGUGGCCGGCACCGGCCUCGAGUCCCUGGGCGAGGGGGCGAUGCCGCCCCUCGGCGCCGAGGACCUCCAGCACCUGAGGCGGCUAGCGGCUCUGGGGGAGGUGUUCCCCACCGUGCCGGCCAGGACGCUCCCGCGCUGGCACGGGGCCCACGGCGCCGGGCCCCGCGCCCUGCCCGGGCCGGGCGCCUACCUCUGAGAGGGGCGACGCGGCGGGCCAGGGUCGGCGGCGCCUCAGCGCGCGCCGCGGCGCGCCCUGGGCGAGGGGGCGCGCGCCGAGAAAAGGUCGGCGGCGCGGGGGGCGAUCGAUCGAAG